CCGAAUAAAACCAAACAAGACAUGAAAACAACGCUCUCAGAAAGAAAAGGGCGUUACGAAAAAAAAAAAUGCCAAGAAAAUUUGUCCCUUUCGACUUUGGUAAAGCUGUCCCCUUCCCACCAUUUCCAUGAGCUUGCUUCUCACUGACUCCAAUCUUCCUUCCUUCCUUCCAUUUCAACCAAUCAAUCAGCCGACCGACCCAUCUCGCGCUGUUACAUUCCGCAUUCCCCUGAGGAAGGAGGAGAAUUACAAAGAUGGCUGCUUCCGCCGUCGUUGGAGGCGGAGGAGUUACGGGGGCUCUUGAGAAAGAUGUGUCGAGAGCCCAUAUGUCAAUGGCCUUGGUUCAGCUCAUCAAUGGUGGUUACCAUGUUAUUACCAAAGUCGCUCUCAAUGUCGGCGUCAAUCAGCUCGUUUUCUGCGUCUUCCGCGAUCUCCUUGCCCUUUCCAUUCUCGCCCCCGUUGCCUAUGUGCGGGAAAAGAGGAUCCGACCGCCCAUGACUAGGCGCUUGCUCCUGUCAUUUUUCUUCCUCGGCUUGACUGGGAUUUUUGGCAACCAGCUUUUGUUUCUUCUCGGUCUUAGCUACACAAAUCCAACUUAUGCUGCUGCUAUACAGCCUUCAAUACCAGUUUUCACAUUUCUUCUGGCUGUGACAAUGGGUACAGAAAGAGUGAAUUUGCUCAAAACUGAAGGUCAAGCAAAGAUUUUGGGCACAGCCGUCUGUGUUUCUGGUGCCAUAUUGAUGGUUCUUUUCCGCGGUCCUGCUAUCAUUGGACAGGCAGAAGCUGACAUGGCCAGCAGUGAAAUAAGGGCUAGAGGUCAACCAGAGCCUGUAGGAUGGUUUCUGGCCAGCCUUCUCGACAUCGGUUUAGAGACUUGGCACCUUGGGGUUCUAUGCUUAAUUGGAAACUGUAUGUGCAUGGCUGCUUUUCUGGCCAUUCAGGCUCCAGUUUUAGCUAAAUAUCCCGCUAGCAUUUCAGUCACCGCAUAUUCUUAUGGCUUUGGGGCGCUAUUGAUGGUGUUGACAGCAUUCUUUGCGAACAAUGAAUCAACAGAGUGGAGCUUAACUCAGUCAGAGCUAUUGGCUGUGCUAUAUGCUGGAACUGUCGCGUCUGCUCUUAAUUAUGGACUAAUAACAUGGUGCAACAAGAUCUUAGGCCCUGCUCUGGUUGCCCUCUACAAUCCGCUGCAACCUGCCGCAUCUGCCUUUCUCUCCAGGAUCUUCCUGGGCAGCCCUAUUUAUUUGGGAAGCAUAGUUGGAGGAUGCCUAAUCAUUGCUGGCCUAUAUUUAGUGACAUGGGGAUCUUACAGAGAGACACACGCAGCAUCGACCCUCGCCAUGGCUCAUGUUCCGGUCCGGGCAUUGGAUCCCCUGAUCCACAAAGAUGGAACUAUGAACAAGGGUGUGUACCUGAGGGGGCACAUUUUCUCCGGACCGAACUCUGCUUCUGUCCCAUACAUGUCAACUGGGCUAUCUCCCCCUCCAACAGAGGCCGUGGUCGAUCAUGGAUUUUCUUUCUCGAACACUGCACAAAACAAGGCCAAUUUGAGGCUCUCUUCAUCACUGCAAGACUUGUCAUCAUAUAGGCGACUCGACCCCGAGGAAGGGGACCCUCUGAAGUUGGGGGUUGAUAAGAAUAUUCGCUUGUUACAGAGGGAGAAUGCUACUGCUGCAAGUUUCUCAAAGGAGAGAGGACUGCCACCUGCAACUCCUUUUCUACGGAGGAAAUGGGUCCGGUCGCUGUUGGUCUUCUUGUGCCUGUUAUCAUUUACUUUCUUAACUUAUUUGAUUGCCAUUUACGCUUAUUCUUAUUGGUCUCAAGGAUCAUCCAAGUUCUAUGUUGUUCUUGACUGUGGAAGUGUUUCUCGAAAGCCAACUGGACGUGCAUAUGAUCGAAUGGAAACUGAACCUGGGCUUCAUAUGUUGGUGCAUAAUACAUCUGGCUUAAAGUCUGCUCUAAAACCACUUGUUAAGUGGGCCCAGAAGCAAAUUCCAGUGGAGGCACAUCAGUCUACCUCACUUUUCCUUUAUGCUACUGCUGGGGUCACUUUCGAGGGUAAUAAACAGUUUCGCAACCAGACUAACUUAAACCUUAGAAUUGGAGCUGUCAAUCAUCGCCUCAGUGCCUAUUCUCUCGCAGGGUAUGGUUUAAAUGAUGCAUUUGACAAGUCCGUUGUCCAUAUCCUAAAGAGGCUUCCAAAUGUUGAUUUACUGAGUAAGAAAACAGAAAUUAAGCAUCCUUGCCUGCAUUCUGGCUACAAGGAGGAAUAUCAAUGUUCCCACUGUGGGUCUGACAAACAAGAUGGUGUUAGUCCUGUUAUCAGAGGAAGACUGCUUCGCAAGGCAGUGAAGUCAGGAGUGACUAUUAAGCUAAUUGGUGCUCCAAACUGGGAGGAAUGCAGUGCUCUUGCAAAAAUCGUUGUUAAUUUAUCCGAGUGGUCAAAUAAAAGUCCAGCACUAGACUGUGACUUGCAACCCUGUGCUCUCCCCGAGGAUUUACCUCGCCCUUCUGGCCAGUUCUAUGCUAUGUCUGGGUUUUUUUGUGCAACUGGAUUCCGAGGUUUUUCCGGCGACCAUAUCUUCCACUUUUCAGGCAUAACAAUGCAUCUGCCACAUCUGUUCUCAACAUCCCGUCCCCCUUCCGUUUUCAGCGUUGGAGUCCUAUCAAUACUGGGCAAUCAAGAAAGAAACAUUACCAUAAUCACACUGCAAACUGGAGGUCCAAGGACGCUACCCACAAAUUUGGCGACCUGCAAAAAAGAUAGAACUCAAGAGCUUAAAGGUCAAAGAGGUGAUGGAAGAGUGAAGAUGCCAUUGAGUCCAACAGUAGCAAGUGGGCAACAUCGACCAUUUGGAUUGGGACAUGGUCUGGGUGGGAGUGGGAUCCAACUCAUGGAACCUGCCAUAUACACAGCGAGUGGCAGUGUUUCGCAUAGUUAUUCGUCCAGCAGCUUAGGGCAGAUGGUUGAGAAUAGUAACAUGGCUUCCUUCUGGCCCCCUCACAGAAGUCAGAUGCGCCUUCAGAGCAGAAGAUCUCAAUCCAGGGAAGACCUCACUUCGUCCGUCGCUGAUGCACAUAUGGUGAAGGUUUAGGUCACCUGUCCCUUGAGAUCAAUGAUCUUGGUCUGCAUUGACUGACCUUCACACUUGUUAACUCGGUCACCCGUGCAGGAUGAUAAGUGCCCAACUCUUUGGUGAAGGAAGCUAGCUUGUUGGCACUUUUCCAGAAAUUUUUGACAAGUGCUUGCAGUAACCUAACUAUUUUGUUUCCCCCGCAAAACCCCUAGUUCUAUUUUACUUGCUUAUAUUUGGCAACAUGUUCCCCACGUGUAAGAUGGGUCUCAUUCUGGGGGAGCGAAAGGGCAUUCAUUCCAGUCUUUCUGGGUCUGUUUUAGACUCGAGUUAGAUAUGCAGGGGCAAAAGAAAGUUAAGGGUAGUGGGUUUUACUGUUUUAGCAGAAAAGGAAUAGACAAGGUGGUGGUAAGAGAUACGCAAUGCAUGUAGUUCUUUCUGUCAAACUUUUAGAUACUUAGUGUUAGAAAUUGCUGAAAUCAGUUGG